UCGGUUGAUGCUAGGGCGACGGAGAUGGAUAUUACGAUGAUCGGCCUCCAAAAUGCUGGCAAGACUUCGCUGUUGCGAGUACUGGCGGGCGGAGAGUUCACCCUCGACUCCAUCCCAACUGUUGGAUUUAAUAUGAAGCGCGUACAAAAGGGCCAUGUGACGCUUAAAUGCUGGGAUCUCGGAGGACAACCACGCUUUCGGUCAAUGUGGGAGCGAUACUGCCGAGGUGUGAACGCCAUCGUCUUUAUCGUCGAUUCGGCCGAUACAGAAGCAUUGCCUAUCGCAAAGGAUGAACUGCAUCUGCUCCUCGAGAAGCCCGUUUUGGACGGUAUCCCCUUGCUCGUCCUCGGUAACAAAUCGGAUCUGGAAGAAAAACUAUCCGUCGACGAGUUGAUUGAUGAACUGGAUCUCAAGAGCAUUUCUCAUCGUGAAGUAAGCUGUUAUGGCAUAAGCGCAAAAGAGGAAACAAACCUGGAUGCUGUCUUGCAAUGGCUGGUUGCUCGUGCCAGCAAGUAG